UAAACGCGGUGAGCACACGGGGAUCCAGACCGAACUCCGGGGACCUGCAGACAACCACAGCUUCGGGACUCAGCGCAUCUUUCCGUCUCUUCUUCCAGAGCUAGAAAGAAGAAACAAAACAGAACGAAAAAAAAGAAAAGAAAACCCCAACAGACCUCCGACAUGAACGGUCACAGCAACGGGAAGGUCAACGACACCGUGGAGGAGUUCCACCGCAACAACAGCUUCAACGGCCUCGUCAUCGACACCAAGAAGUCCGCCGAGCACCGCCAGCACGGGACGUCCCGCGAAGAGGACGCGGACGAGUGCCGCUUACCUGCGCUCGAGGCCGCCUACGCGAGCAUCCUGCGGGAGCUCGGAGAGGACGCGGGCCGCCAGGGGCUGUUACGCACGCCGCUGCGCGCAGCCAAGGCCAUGCAGUUCCUCACCAAGGGCUACCACGAAACCAUCGAGGACAUCUUAAACAACGCUAUAUUUGAUGAAGACCACGAUGAGAUGGUGAUUGUGAAGAACAUAGACGUGUUUUCACUCUGUGAACAUCACCUGGUUCCCUUUUUUGGCAAGGUUCACAUCGGAUAUAUUCCCAACAAAAAAGUGGUGGGGCUGAGCAAGCUGGCAAGGAUUGUGGAGAUCUUCAGUCGGAGGCUCCAAGUUCAAGAGCGUCUAACCAAGCAGAUUGCUGUGGGAAUAUCACAGGCUCUGGAGCCGAAAGGUGUGGCUGUGGUUAUUGAAGCAGCGCACAUGUGUAUGAUCAUGCGCGGUGUCCAGAAGAUGAACAGCCGCACAGUGACGAGCACCAUGUUGGGGGUUUACCUGGAGGACCCUAAAACCAGGGAAGAGUUCUUGUCUCUGUCAAAGAGCGCCUAACGGGUGUCAUUCCAUGCAGGGCUUCUGUCGCACCUCGUAAAGCUCCGGCGUAACAGUAGAUCGCCGUCUGACGGCUAAUAACAGCAAACAUAAUGCUGCCGUUUGAUGCACGAUCCAAACUGGAGGAUUUCACUCCUGCUGCAGAAAUCCAUCACUGUGAAGUUUAUAGAAAAUAUUAUACUCCAAUUCUUGGUGCCUUUGGUAGAUAUUUUACAUUUGAAGUCUUACAUUGCAAUGUUGUUGCUAUUAAGUGUGAAAUCUGAUGUGGCGCAUGCCAACACUGACUUUUUAAAAAUGGGAAUGUCAUUGGUGCAUUCUCAAAGUGGAUAUCUUACCAUCCCUCACUUUAUUAUCCUACAAUCAAUAUAUAUGCAUCAUUUUAUUCACUAUUUGUCAUUUAUAAAGUCUUUGUAAUGUAUGACUUUUUUUUUUGAUGAUGAUCUUGAAGAGUCU